CGCGCCCUUCUCCGUGCCCGGUCUGCCUGCUCUCAGCCGCUCUAUAACUAACCGUCUGCGCCGGCUGCGCUCUGGCGACUCCUCCUCCGACUCUACCCAAGUCACCGACUUCCCUUACUCCCUGCCGCCCUCUGCUGCUCCUUCUUCGCACAACCUUGCUGUGGCUCCUGCUCCUGCUGCAUCUUCCGUUUCCGAAAAGGGAAAACAACCUGUCCGUCCAUCCACAUCCAACUGACCCUAAACAAAGCCAUGACCUCCAUCCCGACCCUCACCGACGCCCAAUGGGAGACACUGAUCGCCGCCGCCGACACCUUCGUUGGCGAGGUUAGUGCCGAUUCUCUUAUUCAGUCCCUUGGAUCUCAUACUUUCUCUGAUAACCCUUCCUACGAGUCCACCCUCCGCGCCUUUGCUGUCGAUCGUCCGUCGACUCAUGUCGACGACUACAAGCGCGACGUCGCCGUCCGUUUUCUGUUCACGCAGACUGAAGCUAACCUUCAGUCUUUGCGCACCCUUCUGAACCUGCUUGACUACCGUGCCUCGUCGUUGAUCUUCACCGGCCAUGCGUGCGCGUUCAGGAACCUCUCCUUCAAGCAGAGGGAGGCCGUCCUCCUCGGAUGGUCCACCUCCCGCCUGCCUCCGCUCCGUAUGAUGUACAGAACGUUCUACUCACUCAGCGUGUUGCCCUAUUUCAAAGUCUCUGGCCUUGCCGCUCCUGCCAUGCGCUUUCCCUUGCGCAACCCGGAUGCAGACGACCACGAGCGCUACGCUAGCAAGACGUUCUACCGCUACAAGAUGAUCACGCAGGCUGAACUUCUCAGAUCGACCUUUGAUGUCGUCAUCAUCGGCUCUGGCAGCGGUGCCUCUGUUUCUGCUACGCGGAUUGCGCAGGCGGGCUACUCUGUCCUGGUCCUCGAGAAAGGCCGAUACUAUCACCAGGACGAGCUUAACAUGACUAUGGACGAAGCGAGCGCGGCCUUGUAUGAGAACAAAGGCCUGUUUGAAUCUGAAGGCCGCAACAUCACCUGUCUCGCGGGUUCCACUUUCGGCGGUGGCUCGACCGUCAACUGGAGCGCAAGUCUCAAGCCAAGCGCAAAGGCUCGACACGAGUGGGCUGUCCAGCACGGCGCCAAGUUCUAUGCCACGCGCGAGUACGAUCGCGCGCUGACCUCGGUCUGUGAGUUCAUGGGCGUGUCGGACAAACAUAUUGUUCACUCGCGCGCGAACCAGAUCAUCCUCAGCGGUUCCGAGAAGAUCGGGUCGCCUGCUCAUGCUGUUCCGCAAAACACCGGCGGUCAUACGCAUCGCUGCGGAUUUUGCGGCGCCGGAUGCAGGUUUGGCGAGAAGCAAGGCGGCGUUGCCAGAUGGUUCGUCGAGGCCGCUAAGCACGGUGCAAAGUUUCUUGACCAGGCUUUAGUGCGGAAGAUCAGGACUAAAGAUGGACGCGCGAUCGGCGUCGAUAUCACUGCUUACGGUUUCCACGAGCUGUUUGUUCCUGCUAAGCUCGUGGUGUGUGCUGCUGGGUCGAUGAACACGCCUGUCGUUCUGCAGAAGUCGGGUUUCACAAACAAAAAUAUCGGACGCCAUUUGCAUAUCCAUCCUGUUGUCUUUACAUACGGUGUCUGGAAGGACAUUGAAUUCAACGCGCAUGGCGAGGCCAUCUUGACUGCAGUGAACACGGAAGUCGACGAUCUCGACGGUCAAGGCUACGGCGCCAAGGUCGAGUGUCUAAUCCACCAGCCCUCGCUCAUGUUUGCGGGCAUGCCAUGGCGCGGCGCCGAUGAUUACAAGAAAACACUGGCAAAGUUCAAUAACAUUGCGACCUUCAUAUCGAUCGCGCGUGAUAGAGGUGAGGGUGAGGUGUAUUAUGACGCAAAGACGGGCACGCAGGGGUUUAGGUACCAGGUUAAUGAGUUUGAUCGUCACUCCAUUGCGGAAGGAAUCAUCAAAAUUGCUGAAAUCUGCCUGGCCGAGUCCGUGAACGAAAUCCAUGCCGCCGAAACGCGCAUCCCGCCCUUUAUCGCCACUGCCGAAGACCACGAGCAAGGCCGCCUGAGCCCCCGUUUCCAAGCCUGGUGCGAGACCGUGCGCAGAUAUGCCGGAACACCGUUCAGUUCGAUCAUCGGCACCGCGCACCAGAUGAGUACGUGCCGCAUGGGUUCUUCGCCCGUGACCUCGGCGACGAAGACGACGGGAGAGCUGUGGGAGUGUAAGGAUCUGUUUGUCACGGACGCGAGUGUGUUGCCGAGCGCGAGUGGAGUUAAUCCGAUGAUUACGGUGAUGAGCACCGCGGAGAUUAUUGCGGGCAAUAUCGUUAAGCGGCUCGCUGAGCUCAAGCAGACGGGGGCGGCUGAGUUGGAUGUGCCGUCGAAGCUAUAACUCAUAUUUUGAGAAAAAUCUCUGUUUAGGGAAGAAAAGUGGAAAUGUUUGAUCUCUUUGAUUUAAUGAUGUUGUUAUUUGAUUUCUUUGUGAAUUAUAUGAUUUUGGGGAAAUAUCUAAGUCAGGCCGCAUAUGUUGAAGUUGCGGCGCUGCAUUUCAAAUUAUGGUCUGAUUUUUUAGCAUGUGAAGCUACGCGACAUUCUCUUUUUAUUUCUAGUAGUCUUAGUUUAUUGAAGCAGUUGAUUUCUAAAUGGAUCGGAAAGCAGAAAACCUGAUAUAACACCGAGAAUAAACUGGUUAGAUAACCUUCCGAAUUGGAAACUCACGUUUACACUUUCCUCAAAAUGCAAACUAAUUAACGACGAU